UUCUCCAGGACCAGGAUUGGGAACCACUGUCAUCAGGUGCAGAGAUGAGGAGGAAAAACUUGCAGACGAUAGUGUUACUUCUGACAGGUGUUGUGUGCCUGGUCAUUAUCAUGACGAAAAACGACUUUGAAAAUGACUUCACACUUAAGAGCGAAGACGUAUAUGAGAUGCUCAGUCAACAAAAGGAUUUGCCCAGUUUUGAAACUCUGCAGCCUUUGUCUUCACAUUGUCAUCAGAAUAUGUCUGCUUAUAAUGUGACUGGAUUUUCUACUCUGCCAAAUCAUAUCCAAGACUUCCUGCUCUACCGACACUGUAGGAGUUUUCCCAUGCUUCUUGAUGUGCCUGAUAAGUGUGGUGGACCGCAAAACUCUGCAGAUGUCUUCCUUCUGCUGGUCAUCAAGAGUUCUCCAGAGAAUUACGAUCGAAGAGAAGUUUUGCGGAAAACAUGGGCUAAAGAAAGAUUGCACAAAGGUGUGUGGAUCCGCAGGGUCUUUAUAACUGGAACGAGUAAAACUGGCUUUGAGAAGCGCCGGUUGAAUAAACUAUUGAAGCUGGAGAACCAUGAGAACCAAGACAUUUUACAGUGGGACUUCAAUGAUUCUUUCUUCAACCUCACACUGAAGCAGAUUCUUUUCUUAGAGUGGAUGGAAAGAUGGUGCCCGCAUGUCAGAUUUCUUUUAAAUGGAGAUGAUGACAUCUUUGCCAAUCCGUUUAACAUGGUUGAGUAUGUUCAAGGUCAGGAGGACAAUGAUGGAAGUAAACAUCUCUUCGCUGGGCACCUCAUCCAGAACAAGGGUCCUAUCAGACAACAUUCAAGCAAAUAUUUUGUCCCGGUGCAAGUACAAGAGUCUGAAAGGUAUCCUCCAUACUGUGGUGGAGGAGGCUUUCUUCUCUCUGGCUUCACGGCCAAAAUAAUCUACAACAUGUCGCACUCUAUAGAUCUGCUGCCCAUUGAUGAUGUUUAUAUGGGAAUGUGUUUGGAAAAGGCUGGCCUCAAACCUAUAUCCCACUUUGGAGUGAGGACCGAUGGUCUGGAUAUCCCCUCUGAAAACGUUGACCAGUUCCACCCUUGCUUUUACAGAGACCUUAUUUUAGUCCACCGAUUUCUGCCGCACAUGAUUUUUGUGAUGUGGAAUGAGAUACAAAACCCAAAUCUGCAAUGUGGAAGGACAAAUUACAUGUUCAAAAACUGGGUGUGGGGAAAUAUAACAGCGGAUUAAGAAUCCUUUUCUAAACAUGGUGGAAAUUCUGAAGUAUUGUGUUGUUUCCAAAACUACUUUUUUUAUACAGUGCAUAUUAGAAACAAGAGUCCAUAUGCAGAGGUUUUUGUGUUUUUUUUGUGUUUUUUUUUUAACACUUCUGUGUGUAUUGAGUACAGUGCUGUAUUCUAAGCAAGUACAAAUAAUAGGCUACUUAUGAGCUUUAGGAUACAUCUGCUUUCAUUGACUCUCUUUAUGUAAUGUUUUACGGUCCUUGUUUGGUGGAGAAAAUGAAUACUGUUACUGUCUCUGGUAGACCAACCUCACAGAGCAGGUAUUCCAAAAGAACAGUCUUUAUUAUAAAUCAAAUUGUAAACAGACAGGAAAAACUCAGGAAUCAUCCAAACAAACAUGUAACAUGGACAACAACUGAAAAAAAUUAGAUGAAACUCAGGGAAAUAACACAGGGAAUAAUGGGAUAAUUAAUGACAAAACA